AUUUGGGACACAAUAAUGUACCAUAUCAAUGUAACUGGUGUGAAUAUGUGUCUUUCUGUUCAGAGUUUAGAGCCUCUUCCAAUGAGUGGCCCUGAUUUUGGAGCUAUUGGGGAAGAAGCUGAACUAAUAGAAGUCGAACCAGAAACGAAACAGGAAAUUCUUGAGAAUAAAGAUGUUGUGGUUCAGCAUGUACACUUUGAUGGACUCGGAAGGACUAAAGAUGACAUUAUCAUGUAUGAAAUUGGUGAUGUUUUCAAGGCUAAAAACCUUAUUGAUGUUAUGAGAAAGUCACAUGAAGCUCGUGAAAAGCUCCUACGCCUAGGAAUUUUUAGACAGGUGGAUGUUCUGAUUGAUACGUGUCAAGGUGAUGAUGCCCUUCCAAAUGGUUUAGAUGUAACAUUUGAAGUAACAGAACUAAGAAGAUUAACUGGAAGUUAUAACACUAUGGUUGGCAAUAACGAAGGGAGUAUGGUACUUGGACUCAAACUCCCUAACAUCUUUGGACGUGCUGAGAAGGUGACAUUUCAGUUCUCCUAUGGCACAAAAGAAACAUCUUAUGGCCUCUCGUUCUUCAAACCCCAACCUGGCCACUUUGAACGAAACUUUUCUCUCAAUUUGUACAAAGUAACUGGACAGUUCCCUUGGAGUUCCCUUCGUGAAACGGACAGAGGAAUAUCAACAGAGUUCAAUUUUCCAAUUUGGAGGACUAACCACACACUAAAAUGGGAAGGUGUUUGGAGAGAACUUGGCUGCCUUGCAAGAACUGCAUCGUUUUCUGUUCGAGAAGAAAGUGGACACUCACUCAAGUCUUCUGUAUCUCAUGCUAUGGUAGUUGAUUCUCGGAACUCUUCCAUCCUGCCCAAACGAGGAGCUUUGCUGAAAAUAAACCAGGAGCUGGCUGGUUAUACAGGUGGUGAUGUGAGCUUUCUAAAGGAAGAUUUUGAACUGCAGGUGAAUAAGCAGCUCCUGUGGGAUUCAGUUUUUUCAGCCUCUCUUUGGGGUGGAAUGUUGGUUCCAGUUGGAGACAAACCAUCUAGUAUUGCAGACAGAUUUUAUCUUGGCGGACCAACUAGUGUUCGUGGCUUCAGUAUGUACAGCAUUGGACCUCAGAGUGAAGGUGAUUACCUGGGAGGUGAAGCUUACUGGGCCGGAGGUCUCCAUAUGUAUACACCUCUCCCUUUUCGGCCAGGUCGAGGAGGAUUUGGAGAUCUCUUUCGGACACAUUUUUUUCUCAAUGCUGGCAACCUCUGCAACCUUCACUAUGGUGAUGGUCCUAAGGCUCAUCUUCGUAAGCUAGCAGAAUGCAUCCGAUGGUCUUAUGGUGCUGGAAUAGUUCUUAGGCUUGGAAACAUUGCUCGGUUGGAACUCAACUACUGUAUCCCAAUGGGAGUACAAAGUGGGGACAGAAUAUGUGAUGGAGUUCAGUUCGGCGCUGGAAUAAGAUUCUUGUAAUUUCACAGCCCUUGAGUGUUUUUUCUGAAGUAUAAUUAGGUAUGAGGGAUUAACUUCAAUAAAGAUGAUUGCCAAAAAGGA